CGAGGCCUGACCAGCCCUCAGAGGGACAGGGGUCGCCUCACUGCGCCAGCAGCCCCCGUCUCCCUCCCUUCUUUCUCUUUCUGCGASCUGCCACAGGAUGGGCUCGGGGAGCACGCUGAAGUUUGCCCUCUGUGAGGUGCUACAGUUUGCAGGCCUGUGUGUGCCGCUCUUCAUCGUAAUGCAGAGAUUUGCCGUCAUCGUAGCAAAGAUGAAAACAUCUGCGCGGCCCCCCGGCGAUGCCAGCAUGGCCUACUGGCUGAUCGUGGCCGCCUCCGUUGCCUACGUCACCUCUACUGCCCUGKUGAUCUGGGUACCCCUGAAGUAUAUGGUCUUUGUGAAGAAGAAGUUCCUCGUUGGGAGGAAGAAAUGGAGACCUGUGGCCCUCGUWUAUGUGAUCCUGUCCACAUUACCCUGCUUUGCCUUUCUCAUUGCCAGCUCUGAGGUCCAAAUAAACAACAACAUAAAACACGAUACAUUCACGGAGCUCCCUGUGUCAUUAGUCUUUUUCUCGUUAAUCUGCAUUGAUGUAGUAGAGAGGAUCCGCCACUGCAGACUGACUGGACAGGCAAAUAACGUGGAAAGAGCUACAGAGAUUCCUUCUACUGUCCUCACUCAUGUAGAACAGAUAACACCAGUCACUCCCAUCAAUCCAACUGUACCUGGACCAGCUGUGUCCGGGCAAGGUGUGCUUGGACAAGGUCUGCCUGGACAAGGUGUGCCCACUCCCCUGCAGCCUGGAGCAAACCCGCUCAAUGACAGGAACCAGAAUGGACCAGGAGCUCGACCAGAAACCAACGGAACAGUCCCUGGGAUACCAGCGACCCCUGGCAGGCCUUUUGAUGUUGGGCUGAGUGCACCAUCAGCGAGCACUACAGCGUAUCAUAUAUCUCCGUACACCUGCACGGGCCCUUUGAGGUUCCUGUGUGUCAGCGACGCCCGGGCGGACGUGUUUGCAGACAGCUUCAUGUUCUGGAUGGAUACAGUGGAGAUGGUGAGGGUGGCGGGACAUCCCCUGGUCUACUACUCAGGCUGGGUUUUUCCCAUCUACAUCUUCAGCUACGUGUCCUGCCUUCGUGUGGUGGUCAUGCCCAACACACCUCUGUUGUCCUCUCUGGGCGUGGCAUUACAGGACUUGCCCUUCUUUUUUGUACGCAUUGGUCUAAUUGCCCUCUUUGGUUUCGUCACACCGAUCCUCUUCCUGAUGAAAAACCUAUUGGUCUGUCUGGCCUUUGUCUAUUUCAACUUCAUGACCAAACUGAGGGUCUUCAACACAGAGAGGAUGUUCUUUUGAGACCAAAUGCUGCAAGGACAAGUAGUGCAACACCGAAAGAGAUGCUGGGACACAAGAAAUGCAGCUUGAUGGAAUUCAGCAGGUGGCUGUACCAGCUUUUCAUGAGUUUGAACUUAGUAUUGAUUGUAAGAACAGAAAAACAAAUAAAACAGAAUGCACUUAAACUAGUUGUUACAGAAAGAGUUACAACUAAAUGUUUACACCUGAUAACUGCCAGAAUUGAACCUUAUUUCAAACUGACUAUGUAACAAGCUACUCACAACAGGUAAGAUUGUUAUUGUUCAAAAUGUUUCAACAAAACUUUACAUCAAAAGAUCCAAACUAUUCCAUUAAAGUUUUCUCAAAUAAAGAUAUUAAAAUAUUUUACAACAGCAUACAAAAGAAUGGUAUACAAUAAAACUAAUAAAAACAGACAAAAUAUUUAAAAUGAAUUAACCUUAAGAUUGAAAUAUAAUGCAAUAUUA